UUGGCGAGGUUGACGUUUGUUAUCUUGAUAUGUAAGAGCGAUAUUCAUUCCGUUUCCUCUCUGAACUUCCUCCAUGGGCCUUUUUUGAAAUAAAACUUCGGCAUGUGAGCGCGAAAACAGACCAUAACUGAAUUCGAAGAUGUUUCUUGCUGUUUAAAUACGCUCGAAAUUUUGAUCUGAAAAUCUAAUUAUUUCAAAGUUAAAUGAUGUUUGUCAGCAAUUGCAGCCUUAAUUGUCUCCUAUUUCACUUAACUCUACUCAUUGUAAAAGAAUGCCACACUCUAAAAUCGGUGAUAAUCUACGUCCCAGAGGUUGUGAAAUCUGGAGAUACCGUCACGCUUUCGUGUGAUUAUGAUCUGGAACAAGCGGCGCUUUACACCAUCAAGUGGUAUCGUGAUGAUGUGGAGUUCUACAGAUUUGUCCCUAAAGAGUCUCCUCCAUCGAAAGCCUUUUCGGUUCCUUUUAUAAAUGUGGACAUUUCCAGAUCUGGAUCAAAAAAUGUAACUCUACGUGGGGUACGAAGAGAACUAACUGGGCACUAUAAAUGUGAGGUAUCGGCGGAUGCACCCUUAUUCCACACAGAAAUCAAGUCGGCGCAUAUGUUGGUAGCGGAGCUUCCCAUCGAUAAUCCAUCGAUAUCGAUCGACCAAACGAAGGUCGAAAUCGGGAAACAAAUUCAAGCGGACUGUUCGGCGACCGGUUCGGAUCCGGCAGCAAAUCUAACAUGGUAUAUCAACGAAGAGGAGGUUACUGAAGAUACGGAUUACGUUAAGUUGUUUCCGAUAACAGUGCAAUCCGACCACGCACUGGGUCUGCAUUCGUCCAGGUCUCGCAUUGAAAUAAUAGCAAAUAAAUCUCAUUUCAGCGGAGGUCUCAUGGUACUUAAGUGUGAGGCGAACCUGUUUUCUUUGUGGCAUGGGACUGCCGAUCGUUUCAUUAGGGACGAAACUCCUCAACUUGCUCCAGUUCUAGGCUCGACCUCCUCGCAAAGUCACACCGAGGACAACCAAGAGUACUACACCGGCAUCGGCCAUUUGAGUUUUCCCUCGUCGAGGUUAACGUGUUUUCUAAUAAUUCCAGUUUUCGUAAGGUAAUGAAUUUGAGUAAUGUGUUACUUCGCGCUCGCUUCACUAUAUUGACGAGACUCUGAAAACGUGAUAGUCGGACGUGUGUGAAUGUUGUACACGGAUGAGCAACAAAAGUGAUCUCAAUCAUGAAAAUGGCAAUAAUAUUAGAAGUUAGUGUUAAUGUAAAAAACUAUUGCGUACCCAUACCGAAACAAUCAAAUUAUCGACCGCUGACUUUAUGUUUUCUUGCGGAUUUGUUCGCUGCAUUUAGGAAAUGGUUCUUACAUUUGAAGUCUUUAGAUAACUUAUAAUAGGUAAUCAAAACCCAUAUUUUCCUAUUUUGGAAUGUUGCGAUUUUCGCUAAUGUUCCAAAAUGAAAGUUAAUUUAGUAAAUAUAUCGAAAUUGUUUAAAUUUUUGUAGAA